AUGAAUCUAACCCGCGUAGUAGCUAUCACGGGAUGCGACAGUGGUUUAGGAUACGCGUUAGCUACUCGCAUAGCCCGUGAAGGUAUCGUGACAGUAGCUGGAAUGUUGAAUGGGGUGGAUACUAAUGCGGCUAAGUCUUUAGAGAAAUUAAAGAUUCAUUCGUGUGCUCUGGAUGUGACUAGUGUGGACAGUGUUACUGGGUUUAAGGAGUAUGUCAACGGGUUGUUGAGGGAUAACCCUAAUUACAGCCUAUACGCAGUUGUCAACAAUGCCGGGGUCAUGACUAUAGGUGACUACGAGUGGCAGACUCCUACCAUGAUAGAAAACGCAGUGAAUGUGAACCUACUUGGUUCUAUGAGGGUGGUCUCCGCUUUUCUACCGCAACUGAGGAAGACCUCACGGGACGGAUUAAAACCGCGGAUCAUCAACGUGGCGAGUCACUGCGGACUACAACCUCUACCAGGCUUCGCUCCGUACAGUGCGAGCAAAGCUGGCCUACUAGCGUGGACGCGAGCGCUGCGUAUGGAGCUACGGGACCAUGGGCUCACAGCUGUGGCCUUUGUACCAGGAGGUUUCGUUGGAUCUAGCAACAUACUGGCAGCACAAGCUAGCUCGUGCAGAAAAAUGCUCGAACAUCUCGACCCGGACCAACGGAAACUAUUCGAAAAAAGAAUAACGGCCCUAAGUGACUACCUUCAGAGCGCAUGUCAAAAUUCGAACUACGAUUCGUUAAAAGAUAUAGAUAUAAUUGAGACAUUUGUAAAGGCGUUAACGGAUGAACAGCCUAGAUUUUUGUACAAAGUACAGUCGUGGCGAUAUGCGUUUUAUUACAGUUUGUUGAAAAUGCCGGUACCUGAAGCGGUACAUCUUUGGUUGAUUAAGAAGUUCCUGAGAUUUCCAGAAGUUUAACGCAUUUAUUGCCAGCUAGGCGCUUUUCGCUACAUACGGGUUUUCCCAUGUUAUCGGCUCCGCUCGUAGCGCGUAGCUCGCGUGGGCACUGAAUGAAGCAAGGAUAGUUGUUAUUAUUAUUUUAGACCGAAGGCGGGAAACUUUUUGAAAAGUGUUUCUAUAUAUUUAUAAAUUGGGGUUAAAUAUUUCAAGCCCGUUAUUUACUUUAUAAGUACCUAACAGAAUUAUAUUUUACAAGUAAGUAGGUAUUAGGUAUAUUUGUAAAUAUAUUAUAUAUUAUAUUUUCUU